ACAGUACGCGCGGAAGAGAAAACGAAUAAAGGAGAUAGUGUAAACGCGGAUACCAAGGGACGGCAUCCGCACUACUGCGGGGUAGUUUGUAACUGCAACACCGGACGGUAUCCCAGCCAGCUUGCAGUCUGCGGCCAUGGGUCUGUGGUUCACCGUAGCGUUCAUCGCCUUUGCGUUGACACUUCUCAUACGGUGGCGGAAGAGGAAGUUCUCAUAUUUCAAGGAACUUGGCAUUCCCGGCCCAGAGCCCAAUCUGAUCUGGGGUAAUCUGUGGGAGUAUCAUUCUUUGGGGCUGCACAAAGCACUGGAUAAAUGGUGCAAGGAAUAUGGCGAUAUCUGCGGGUUCUACAAUGGUGACGUCCCGUUUCUGCUCGUCAAGGAUCUGGAUUUUCUGGAGUAUGCUUACAUCAAGAACUUCCAGAAUUUCACGGCUCGUGGGGUUACGAUGCGAACUGACCAGAUGCAUCCGGUUGUCGGCCAGAUGGUGAUUCACGUGCGCGGUGAUCAGUGGAGGAGAAUGCGCAGCUGCGUCACAUCCGGUUUCACGAGCAGCAAACUGAAGCAGAUGGUUCCGCACAUCGCCGAGUCAGCGGAAGUGUUCAUGGACAUGCUGGAGCUGUACGCCGACUCGGAGAAGGAGGUCAAUCUUCGCUUUCAGUUUCAAGCGCUGUCCAUGGACUACAUCGGCCAGGCGGCGUUUGGCAUCGAGACGUGCUUCCAGCGUGAAGUAGACAACAUCUUCUUCACCACGGCUCGUCGGGUGCUGCCAGGAGUGAUGACGGGACCCGCCCACAUGAUUGCACAAAGCACUACCACAAUGGGCAGCGCGAUGAAGCCUUUCUAUUGGUUUCUCGGUCAAUUCGGCUCCCUAACCUUCAAAGUUUUUUCAAGGGAGACUACAAAGAUGAUCGAAAAGCGCAAGAGCCACCCAGAGCUUCGCAAACCGGACAUCCUGCAAAACUUGCUGGACGCUGAAAUUGAGGAAGAAGCCCUGAACGAAGUCGUCAAUAAGAGCGAAGCGCAACAAACAGCUGACGGUGUGAAAAAGAGGGUUCGAGCACUUUCCCCGAGAGAAGUGAUCAUGAACGCCACCUUGCUCUUCAUGGGAGGGUUCGAGACGACGUCGAUUGCCAUGUGCUACCUCACUUUCUUGCUCGCCAAGCACCAGGACGUCCAAGACAAGCUCAGGGAGGAAGUGAACGAAGCUGUCAGCGAAUCGGAAACGGGCAUAUUAGACUACGAAAUGCUCACGAAGAGGCUGAAGUAUCUAAUUCAGGUUGUGGAGGAAGGACUCCGGCUGUACCCUCCGGCAGUGGUCGCUACAUCGCGACAAGCAGACGAAGACUUCGAGUGGAACGGCAUGAAGUUCAAGGCCGGCACGUGCAUCAUGUCUCCGACGUAUCAGCUGCACCGAGAUCCUCGCUACUGGACAGAUCCGGACACCUUCGAUCCUGAAAGGUUCAGCCCAGAGAAUGAGUCCUCCAUCUACAAGAUGGCGUUCCAGCCAUUCGGCGUGGGACCCCGUCACUGCGUGGGCUUCCAGAUGGCCCGCUUGGAACUUCGAUACACCCUCGCCAGGCUUGUGCAACGCUACCGAGUCGAGCUUGGGGAAUCUCAAAAGGGAGAAAUGAAUAUGGGUGGCUACGCCAUGAUAUCUGCACCAGAAAACGGGCCCUGGCUCAAGUUCUACAAGCUUCUACUGAGCGUCACCGUGGGCAGAGGAACGCUCUGCACGAAACUGGUCACCAUGAGUUGGGCGCCAGUGUGGUUCUACGCGAAAAUCUCGAUUUGGACAACGAUCGUAGCCACGGCAACCUACGGACUUUUCAGACUGUUCAAAUGGCGCCAGAAGACCUUUUCCUACUUCAAGGAAAUCGGAAUAAAUGGCCCGAAGCCCAACUUGCUCUGGGGAAACUUGGCAGAAUACCACGGAAAGGGUCUGGUGAAGUGUCUGACAGAAUGGUGUGACAAGUAUGGAGACGUGUUCGGUUUCUACAACGGGGACGUGCCAACUUUGGUGAUCAAGGACAUCGACUUUCUCACCUAUAUCUUUGUCAAAAACUUCCAAGAUUUCACUAGCCGAGGGUCCACGAUGAGGACGGACGAAGAGCACACCUUCCUGGGACAAAGUCUCCUGCACGCACGUGGCUUGCAGUGGAAACGAACUCGUAGCUGCGUUUCCUACGCCUUCACGGCCAACAAGUUUAAGCAGAUGGUUCCAUAUAUGUCCCACGUGGCCGACGUAUUCGUCCAAAUACUGGGCGAGAAGGCUGACGCUGGCAAGGAGUACCCCAUGCUGCGUCUCUUCCAAGGCCUCACCAUGGACUACGUGGGCCGGGCAGCGUUCGGAUUCGACUGCACUUUCCAGCGAGAGCUCACGCAUCCGUUCCUCAAGACAGCGCAGGGUGUGCUGCCCGGUGUCAUGACCGGACCUCUUCACAUGCUCGCCCAUUCUACGACAACGAUGGCUAAAUACGUAGCACCAAUCCUUUGGCUCAACGAAAAGUUUGGCACAUUCAGCUAUGAUGUAUUCAACAAACAUACAGCGAAGGUCAUUGAGCUUCGCAUGAAGAAUCCUGAGGCAAGGAAGCCGGACAUGCUGCAGACGAUGCUUGACGUUGAAAGCGAAGAAGGGAAACUACCGGAAUCUCCGCAACUUCUCGAUGCUGAUGCCAAGCUUUACAAAAGAAUGAGCCCAGAAGAAGUCGGCAUCAACACCACCAUUCUAUUCAUUGCCGGCUUCGAGACAACGGCUACGGGGCUAAGUUACCUCGCCUACAUUCUUGCCAAACACCAGGACGUCCAGGAACAGGUCCGAGAGGAAGUGAAAUCUGUCAUUGAACGCUAUGGCGAGCUAGAUUACACGGCGGUAACGCAAGGCCUGAAAUACUUGUCCAGGGUUGUGGACGAGACCCUUCGUAUCUUCCCUCCUGUUGUAACUUUCACAACCAGGAGCGCCAUCAAUGAUUUUGAGUAUAACGGCAUCAAGUUCAAGGCAGGUACCAGCAUUUUGUCGCCAACAAUUCAAAUCCACAUGGACCCCCGCAUCUGGCCUGAUCCGGAAAAGUUUGACCCGGAUAGGUUUUUGCCGGAGAACGUUGCAGCGAGGCCAACGAUCGCGUACCAGCCAUUCGGUGACGGUCCAAGGAACUGCAUAGGAAAGCGUCUAGCUCUGCUCGAAAUUAUAUACACGGGCGCAAGGAUGGUCGAAAAGUUCAAGCUAACAUUGGGAGAGUCUCAGAAGGGUCGUAUGGUUAUGGACUACCACGCCAUGGUCUCAUCGCCCGGCGACGGCCCCUACAUUGUGUUCCAUCGACUUUGAUGCGGCAAGGUCUAAAACGUCUACACCAUCUGCCUGAGAAACCUAGAACUUUUGUUGGAAGGACGCAUAAAUGCCGUCCUCAUAGCUAGGUUUCAUGCUUAUCACGCUGAGCAAUGACGUCAUUGUAAUGCACAGGAUACA